GCCCCAGGCCCUGCUGCCCGGAGGGGCUCCCACAGGUCACCCCUUUGCCUGCUCCGGGCAGGGCUGGGGGGGGCCGGUCCUCCCUGUCCACAGCCUCCUCCCGACCCGGGGGGGUGCGAGGGCUGUCUGCAGGGGUGCAGCCAGCAGUCCGACCGCCCCGGCGCUGGCGAGGCACCUGCGAGCCCCAGUGUGUGCCCGGGCCGCUCCGUCCGCCCCCGCAGGGGCUUCCAGCGAGUGGGCGACUGAGCAGCGCGAGACCCGGCGGGCGGCACCAGCUGGGGGGCUCCGGGGAGCCUGGCGCUGCCGCUGGCCCCGGGGGCCGGGCUGGCCGGGCUCCAGGUGGGAGGACGCUCGGUGUCCCGGAGCUGCCGCAGCCUGCACGGCCGCCACGGCUGUGGGCCCAAGGGUCACCCAUGCGCCAGGGCCCUCCCCGCCAGGGCAGAGGAGCUGCCGAGGGCCGGUAGGAAGCCAGGCACCCCGCACUGUUCUCCAUGUGGCUUGUGCCCUGGCAGAGGGAUGUCCCAGCCGCGUCUCCUCAGCCUCCUGCUGCUGCUGCUGCUCUGCUGCCAGAGCCCCUCCGCCCAGAUCACGGAUUUCCUCUUCGAGAGCUGGAAGGCGUACAGCGAGGAGUGCCACCGCAACAUGAGCCGCCUGCCCGCGCCCACAGAGCUGGUCUGUAACCGCACCUUCGACAAGUUCUCCUGCUGGCCCGACACGCUGCCCAACAGCACCGCCAGCGUCCCCUGCCCCUCGUUCCUGCCCUGGUACCAGAAAGUGAAGCACAGACACGUCUUCAAGACCUGCGGGCCGGACGGGCAGUGGGUGACAGGCCCCCGGGGACAGUCCCUGCGCGAUGCCACGCAGUGCGAGCUCGAUGCCGAGGACCUGGAGGCGCAGGAAAAAUUUGCCAGGACCUACGGCAGCUUCAAGGUGAUGUACACCGUGGGCUACUCGGUGUCGCUGUGCGCACUGCUCCUCGCCCUGGCCCUGCUGCUGGGCUUCAGCAAGCUGCACUGCAUGAGGAACUACAUCCACAUGAAUCUCUUCGCCUCCUUCAUACUGAAGGGCGUCUCCGUGCUGGUCAUCGACGCCCUGCUCAAGACCCACUACAGCGACAAGAUUGACGACUACAACGUGCACAUUUGGCUGAGCGAUGAGGCGGCCGCGGGCUGCCGGGCGGCCACGGUCUUCAUGCAGUACGGCAUCGUGGCCAACUACUGCUGGCUGCUGGUGGAGGGCAUCUACCUGCACAACCUCCUGGUGGUGGCCGUCUUUUCCGAGAGGAGCUACUUCACCCUCUACCUGUGCAUCGGCUGGGGGGCGCCCAUGCUGUUCCUCAUCCCCUGGGUCGUUGUGAAGUUCCUGUAUGAAAACAUCCAGUGCUGGACUACCAACAACAACAUGGGCUUCUGGUGGAUCCUUCGCUUCCCUGUGUUCCUGGCCAUCCUGAUCAACUUCUUCAUCUUCAUCCGCAUCAUCCAGAUCCUCGUCUCCAAGCUCCGUGCGCACCAGAUGCGCUACACCGACUACAAGUUCAGGCUGGCCAAGUCCACACUGACACUGAUCCCACUGCUGGGCAUCCACGAGGUGGUCUUCGCCUUCGUCACGGAUGAACAUGCCCAGGGCACCCUGCGCUAUGUCAAACUCUUCUUUGACCUCUUCCUGAGCUCCUUCCAGGGGAUGCUGGUGGCCAUUCUCUACUGCUUCGUCAACAAGGAGGUGCAGGCAGAGCUGCUGAAGAGGUGGCAGCGCUGGAAGCUGGGGAAGGACCUGGCAGAGGAGUACAAGCACACCUACAGCCACGCACCCAGUGCCCGCAAUGGUACCGGCAGCGCCUACGAGAAGCACCAGCUGGUGAGUGGCUGCGCCAAUGGGCUGGGGCGCAGCCCGGCCGCCACACGCCCCGGCACCCACUACCUCGAGAGGACCGGCCACAGCACUGCCGAGCACCUCACCUUGGGGGACCGGCACCACUGCUACGAGUUCCCCGAGACCACGGCCGAGAGCCACUUCUGAGCCCGCAGCCAGAGCGGGAGGACUGUGCCAGCCCCGCUGCCGCAGGCUGAGCCAUCGGGGGCAGCCGCUGCCUCAGUCCCCGUCCAGGCGCUUUGCAGGCUGUGUGGGACCCUGCCUGCCCCGGUGAGGACGCCGCGCUGGACGUGCGCGGGACAAUGGAUGUGGCUUGGCCGGCUGUGGGUGAGGCACAGCGAGUGGGACCUGGACCUCUGUGGGGAGGGG